AUGCGAGCUGUCAUGGCGUUGGCCGCGGCGCUGGGCAGCCUGCUGCUUGGCGGCUGCCUCCUGCGCCUGGGUGGCCAGCAGCCCCUCCGUGCCAGGGGCUGGGAGGAGGACGCAGGAGCAGCCGUUGUCACGCCGAGAGCGGUGCGGUCCAUCAGGUCCCCCGCGACGCCGCUGCCUCGCAAUGAGAACAGAACAACUGUUAGUAAAAAUGGAAUUUACCAGUUUGAGCAGGCUGCAAAAUGUAAGGCAAUUCAGGACAACAUUUUGUCAUCAUCCAUCAAGAAGAAAAGGUAUUCAGAAGAUUACUAUCUUCACAUAGUCACAAAACUGCAGAACUGCACUUGGAUGAGAAGACCAGAAGAAUCUACAAAGUUCAGGUCAGAAUUAGCUUCAUGCUGUGAUGCAGUUCACAAUUUUAUUGCUUCUCAAAACAACACCCCACUGGGAAGUAACAUGAGUUAUGAAGUGGACAGUAAAAAGACCAUUCUCAUUACCAAGGACAUUUUUAAGAUGCUGCCUGUGUCCUCUCCUCUUUCAGUGCAUCCCUUCAAGACCUGUGCUGUGGUUGGAAAUGGAGGCAUUCUGAAAAAUUCCAGCUGUGGAGUGGAAAUCGAUCGCUCUGACUUUGUGUUCAGGUGUAACCUCCCUCCAACCACAGGAAGCAUCAGCAAGGAUGUUGGCAAUAAAACAAACCUUGUGACUGUUAAUCCAAGUAUCAUAGCUCAGAAAUACAACAAACUCAAUGAUAAGAAGACAGAAUUUCUGGAGAAUAUUGCAGUCUAUGGAGAUGCUUUCCUCUUGCUGCCAGCGUUUUCCUUCAGAAGCAACACAGCCACUUCUUUUAAAGUGUAUCACACUCUGCAAGAGUUCAAAGCAGCACAAAGGGCAAUAUUUUUUCACCCCACCUAUCUGAAAAGUCUUGCCCAGUUCUGGAGAACUAAGGGUGUGAAAGCAUACCGGUUGUCAUCUGGGUUCAUGAUCACCAGUGCUGCCCUUGAGCUGUGUGAGGAUGUGAAGCUCUAUGGCUUCUGGCCUUUCUCCAAAUCCACAGAGAAGAUGCCCAUCAGCCACCACUACUACGACAACCAGCUGCCUAAACCAGGUUUCCAUGCAAUGCCCAAAGAAUACAACCAGAUCCUUCAGCUUCAUGGCAAAGGCAUCUUGAAUCUGCAGAUUGGUAAAUGUGAAUCAGACUAA